AUGUUAAAGGUGAACCCACCAAGAUUUAAUCAACAAGAACUUAGAAAUCCGAGUUUCGAUCGGGUUAAAUCAAAGAACAUUGAGUGUUUAAUUACACCUAAGGGAAUAAAAGUAACUGGUACCGAUUGUAAAGGACAUACCACGGAUUUGACUCAGGAGAAUGGUCUCACACUUGAAAAACACGGUAUAGGCUCUUCUUACCGUCGUGUGUCGCUAAGCGAUCUGGAUUCUCAAAUGUGGUUAAAGAAGUUGGGAGAGGGUCUUGCUACGUAUUUGAGGAAUAAUGAAAAGAUGGAGAUAGAAAAGGGUAAUAUUACGGCUACGGAGAAGCGUACGAAAGCAUCAUCAUCGUUACCGUUGUCGCAGGUGGUGUCAUCCCAAUCACCAGUGCCAAAGAGAAGGAGAACACAUUCAAAUUUUGUGCUCGACAAACUUUCUCAAAAUGAACAGAAGAUAUACACACUUUACAGAUGUGGUGAGAUUGUGUGGGUUGACCUGGAAAGGUUGGAGAUCAAGAAGUUGGAACUUAAAGGUGAAUCGGUUGACCACAAGGCCACAAUCAGAUAUUGGCCGGGAAUAGUGAUGGAAAGGAAAAAGGCACCGAUACUUGAUUCGUGCGAAGAACCCACGUCCUCCAUUUCGAUCACCGCGGCUUCGCCAUCGACUGCAAGUUUAUCGGCUGGCACGAGUACAUCCGGUGAUUCUCCAAUACGGUAUAAAGUCAUUUAUUGUGUUCAGCUGGUGGGUUUGCAUGAUGAGGUCAUGAUCGAUCGUUUAAAGAUGGCUCCUUGGGUUGCGUAUGAACCAAAUGUUGACAUCGCAAAGAGUUCAUCACCUUCAGAGCAUGCUAACAAGAUCCGAAAGAUUAGAAAUCUUAAGGAGAAAAUGCGCUUGAAGAAGAUGAGCCAGUUUCCACAUUAUAAAGCUAUAAUGAUUGGUUCUGAGUUAAUUAGUUUAGAGGAUAUCGUUCGGCUGACACCGGUCGAAAAGAAUGAACAAUCGAUCGACCUUGAUCCAAAAUUUUUGUUUGUUACUUCUAUCUAUGAAGAUCCGAAUAGAGGCAUUCAACUGACGGGUGAUGGUCUGUGUAGGGGAGGUUUGAACAGUACGACUCGUAAAAGGAAGUUGAGUGACUAUGAAUGGAACCCAAUUAAUACAAAAAACGAAGAAUUUACAAUCGAUCUGGAGGAUGUAGCGGGUCGAUUCUAUGUAUCAUAUCCCAACAUUUCAGUUUCCAUGGAAGCUGACAAGCCAAUGACCUUGCAAAAUCGGUACAACACCAUAGGUAUCGUUAUUGACAAUGAGAAUCUAACCUUGGACGUCUCACCUACCAUUUGA